ACAGCAAAGCAAAAAAUCGUGAGGUUCGAUUUGAGCCCCAGUUGCAAGUGAAAAUAACAUUAAUUGUUUACAUUUAAUGCGCAUGAAAGUUGUUCCGUAAAUUUUGUAAUUAAAUGCACAAUUCGGGCAACUAGGGAACGGUAAAGUAAGGCGAGCAUCCUUUACGCUCGGGUGGCAGCAAAGGUAAAUGCAAUGAGCAGUUCCGGAUUCGUCAAAUCCGAAACCGACGGAAAGCGCCCAUCCAAUAACAAGAAUGGCGAUUGGACUUGUCCGGAGCUCGAUUGUAAGAAUCUAAAUUUUGCCCGGAGAAACCAGUGCAAUCGGUGCGGUAAGGAGCGUCCGAACAGUGGCUCCAAGAAUGGGUCUACGGCUAGCGAUUCCGACGGUGGCGGCAGCAGUAGCGCUGGAGGGAAAAAGAAAGUUGGUACCGAGAUCGGUAAGGCAGCGGCAGAGAAAUCGCGCGGACUGUUCAGCGCCGAAGACUGGCAAUGCAAUAAAUGCGCUAACGUGAAUUGGGCACGGCGUCACACAUGCAACAUCUGCAGCGCUCCUCGGUUUUGUGACGUGGAAGAACGGACUGGCUACGGUGGCGGUUAUAAUGAUCGAGGUGUUGUCGAAUACAAAGACCGCGUAGAAUCCGAUGAUGAGUACGAUGAGUUUGGGCGCCGAAAGAAAUCGAAGGGCAAAUCAAAGGAUCAGGGCACUCGCCCAGCUCAAAGGCGAAGAAGUAGUGAUUCCGAAGAAGAGGCCGAUCAAAGGAAACAUGUCCGAAGAGACGUACAGAAGCGUAAACCUGCGGACGACGAUUCGUCUGACAAAGGCAAUGAGGAUGACGACGAGGAAGAGGAAGACGAGGACGAUGAAGACGAGGGCAAUGAGGAUCUUUCCAAGUACGAUCUAUGGGGAUCAGACGAAGAAAUGGCUGCCAAACCGGCUCCCAAAGUUUCAAACGCCACCAACCACAAACAAGCUGCUCAUCGUCAUCGCUCACGGUCAAACUCACGUUCGAGGUCGCCCAGCCUAGACCGCAGAAGGCGGUCGAGUGAUCAGCGUUCUUCUUCAAAAUCGACCGCCUCAUCGACUAGUCACGGACGAUCCGACACGAAGCGCUCCAGCGCAUCCCGUCGCCAUGGUCGGUCACGUUCACGUUCGUACUCACGUUCCCGGUCACGCUCACGAUCGCGAUCACCACGAUCCUAUCGCCGUAAUAAGGACAGAAGACGUUAAGGCAUUUGUUGUGCUUACUUGUUUGCUAAGCAGGACUCAAUAAUGAAGGCAAAUAAAUGUGUAAAUUUUAGAGUGAAAUGUU